AUGGAACCUACACCUACUAGGAAACGAGACAAGUUCAAAGGAUGGUUCAAGUCUUUAACCCCUUCCCGUGGAAGUUCUAGGGCGCCAUCGCCCUCUCCCUCCGGUCAGAGGGGUUCCAUGGACAACAGAAGCCAAGGAAUCAUUGGCAGCACUGGCCUCGCUAUUGCUAUUGCCCAACCAAAAGCAUCCACGACUAUUGAAAACCCUGCCGCGAAUUUCGGUACAGCCCAAGGCGCCGCUGUGGCCAACCCUAUUCCACAACUCCAGGAGCCAUCGGCAGCGGCGAGCGCUCAAGAUCAGCCAACCGACGUCGAGAAUCAAGAUCAUUCGGACAGCGCUGAGAGAGGAAUGGAGAUCCAGGAGGGGUCUUUGACCGCAAGCACUCAGCAGCCAGAGAUCUCCACCAUCGGUACCGGCCACGACGUCAAGGAGAAGACGGGCGACCGACUGGCCGCUGCUGCGGACGAUGCCAAGGACGCCGGUCAAUCGACCUGGCAAGACUCGACGGCCUUCAAAUCGGUCAAGGUCGUCGUUGAUGGACUCGUGAUCGCAUCGGAGGCCUUUUCGCCGUUGAAGGUUCCGGCGUUGCUGCUACAGAAAAUCUUGGAGAAUGUCGAAAUGCUCAAGGGCAACGCGGAUCUCGCCAGGGAGCUGGCUUCCAGGCUCGAGAUUGUUCGCCAGAUCCUAGCUGGGCGCCCGGAGAGCCUCGAACCUGGUGUCAACACCCGCUUGCAGAGCCUGGCACUCACCAUGGAAGGGAAACUCAAGAUGUUGGACGAGAAGAUUGAGAAGGCCGGUCAAAAACGCGGCCUCCCUGGACGGUUCGCUUUUGCCAAGGAUGAAGAAGACGAGUUGAUGGACAUCGCGAGGGAGAUCAACUUGGCUAUCGAGGUUGCAGUGCUGGACGUUACCGUGGACAACAACAGACAGAUCCUUCGGGUGGUUCGGGAUAUUGGCUGGGUGGGGGAAAAGGUGGAAGAAGGUCUGCGGGCCUCGUCUCGGAUGAUGGAAGGGAUUAAUCACUUGGUUCUGAAUGAUAAGCUGGGAAAUGUGAAGCGGGCUGGCUUUGGGCAAGAUGAGCUUGGUCGACCGGGCUGUACACCAGGCACGCGCGUUGCGUUGCUUGCUGACCUGCUGGGAUGGGCUAAAAAGGUUCACUCGCCACACCUUUUCUGGCUGAACGGGGUCGCUGGGACGGGCAAGUCGACCAUAGCCGAGAGCUUCAGUGCCCAACUGCAUGACCGGAAAAUGCUGGGCGCAAGCUUUUUCUGCUCGAUCAAGGUCGACGACCGCAAGGACGCGCAGCUCAUCAUUCCCACUCUUGCGAAAGCUAUGGCGAGGUCGAACGCACAGUUCCGUGAAGCGCUGGAUGUUGUUCUCGAAUCAUGCGACGACCCGACGGCGAUGAAGCUUGAGGACCAAUACCAGAAGCUCAUUCUCGAACCGGCUGCGAGCGCAUUCAAACACACCUCGACCACCAUCGUCGUCGUUAUCGAUGCCCUCGACGAGUGCGACAAGGAUAAAGCGACCGAACUCCUCCUCAGGGCGAUCAUCGCCCAGAAACCUUCCGUGCCUCUCAAGUUCUUCGUCACCAGUCGCCCGGAAACUGCCAUCAGAGAGACGUUCGACACUUCGGCCGUACAUGGCCUUGUUCGCCUCCACGACAUCGAGCGGGACAUUGUCCAGGCCGACAUCUUCGCCUUCGUUGUCCACAGUCUGUUCCAGAACAGUGCCAUUCGGAAGAAGUACGGCUCGCGUUGGCCCCCGCCCGAGGUUCAGAAGAUUGCGGCUCAAGCAGGUCACCUAUUCAUCGUUGCUGCCACCAUGGUCAAGUACAUUACGACUCGAACCGGCAACCCUGUUCAGCGACUGGAGAAAUUAGCAAGUGCUGAAAGGCCACCCCUCUCCUCCAUCGAUGAGCUCUACAGCCGCGUUCUCGAGGAGGCGUUCAGCGAGCUUGACGAGGAUGAGGCCCAUGUCACGCACCUUUGCCUUUCGCUCCUUGUCACGGCGCUGCGCCCACUUUCGGUGAACGACUAUGCCCGUCUUCUACCUAUUACCAUCACGCCGGAUGGGGUUCGGGUAGCUUUCGUUGCCCUUCACUCUGUGGUUCGGCUGCCAGAGGAGAACAACGACGAUGGUGCUAUCUCCAUAUACCACGCCUCGUUCGUCGAGUACUUGACUUCCGACAAGCAACGUGGACGUCCGUGGUUCGUCAACACGACCACUGCACAUUCCAUCGUUGGGCAAGCCUGCAUUAACCUCCUAAGUUCCCAGCUGUGUUUUGGCAUCUCGGGCGCACUAACGUCGUACAAAAGCAACGACGAACAGCCCAAGCAAUUGGCGCUUCCAUCCAAACUGGUGUAUGCGUGCACUGCGUGGGUCGACCAUGUUGGGCGCGGGGGAUUUCCUCCGUCACUGCAAGCGUCAAUGAAGGCAUUGUUGAAGGACAAGUGGCUGUUCUGGCUGGAGGCCCUGGGUGUGGAGAAGCGAGUAGGAUAUGCUCAGUCUCUAUGGAAGGUAGCUGAGGAGCCCUUGAUUGCAGAUGCAGACCUCAAGACCUUGCUGAAGCAGAUUGCUGACUUUGCAUAUGCAUAUACAACUCCGGUUAACCACAGCACCCCACACCUGUACCUCUCCGCCAUCCCCUUUGCUCUGGCAUCCCGAUCAUUUGCAGCUCUACCUAUCCCUGCUUUUCCAUGCCUUCCUGCCAUCCAUCCCAGCCAGUAUUACCAGACUAGCCAAACACUAUUGACCAUACCCAGCCAGCAUGGGAGUGUUAUAUCUGUUGCAUAUUCUCCAGAUGGGAGGUCUGUUGCUGCAGGCUGUGUGUAUGGAGCUGUUGUGGUCUUCAAUGCAGAUACUGGUGAACCUCUGCUACCACCCAUGCAGGGGCACACCAGCUACAUCACAUCAGUUGCCUUCUCUCCUGAUGGGUCCUGCAUUGCCUCUGGAUUGGAUGACAAGACCAUCCGCAUCUGGGAUGCUCACUCAGGGAAGGCCCUCCUUGAGCCCAUGCAGGGGCACACCCACAGGAUCACAUCAGUUGCCUUCUCCCCUGAUGGGUCCCGCAUUGCCUCUGGAUCAGGUGACGAGACCAUCCGCAUCUGGGAUGCUCACUCGGGGAAGGCCCUCCUUGAGCCCAUACAGGGGCACACCGACCCAGUAACAUCAGUUGCCUUCUCCCCUGAUGGGUCCCGCAUUGCCUCUGGAUCAGGUGACGAGACCAUCCGCAUCUGGGAUGCUCACUCGGGGAAGGCCCUCCUUGAGCCCAUGCAGGGGCACACCGACUGGGUCACAUCAGUUGCCUUCUCCCCUGAUGGGUCCCGCAUUGCCUCUGGAUCAGGUGACGAGACCAUCCGCAUCUGGGAUGCUCACUCGGGGAAGGCCCUCCUUGAGCCCAUGCAGAGGCACACCGACCCAGUAACAUCAGUUGCCUUCUCCCCUGAUGGGUCCCGCAUUGCCUCUGGAUCAGGUGACAACACCAUCCGCAUCUGGGAUGCUCACUCGGGGAAGGCCCUCCUUGAGCCCAUGCAGGGGCACACCCACCCAGUAAAAUCAGUUGCCUUCUCCCCUGAUGGGUCCCGCAUUGCCUCUGGAUCAGGUGACGAGACCAUCCGCAUCUGGGAUGCUCACUCGGGGAAGGCCCUCCUUGAGCCCAUGCAGGGGCACACCGACCCAGUAACAUCAGUUGCCUUCUCCCCUGAUGGGUCCCGCAUUGCCUCUGGAUCAGAUGACAAGACCAUCCGCAUCUGGGAUGCUCACUCAGGGAAGGCCCUCCUUGAGCCCAUGCAGGGGCACACCAACUGGGUCACAUCAGUUGCCUUCUCCCCUGAUGGGUCCCGCAUUGCCUCUGGAUCAGGUGACGAGACCAUCCGCAUCUGGGAUGCUCACUCAGGGAAGGCCCUCCUUGAGCCCAUGCAGGGGCACACCGACUGGGUCACAUCAGUUGCCUUCUCCCCUGAUGGGUCCCGCAUUGCCUCUGGAUCAGGUGACAACACCAUCCGCAUCUGGGAUGCUCACUCAGGGAAGGCCCUCCUUGAGCCCCAUGCAGGGGCACACCAGCUCAGUCACAUCAGUUGCCUUCUCCCCUGA